GUCGAACGCGCGGUCGUUCGCCGUCAGUGACGUCGGUGUCGACACUCGUGCAACACGUCUAUGAUGUUUCGGUGAUUUUCAAAGUCGUGAGUGGACGAUAAGUCAUUACCUCAUUACUCAUCAAAUAUUGGAGCACAGUGACAAAUAGACAACAAUCUUCCCUGGAUUUGGAUGUUUUAUGGAUUGUGAAAAGUGACAUUUUGGAAUUUUUUCCAAAACUUAAACAGUGCAGUGAACCAUCAAAAAGGAUUGCAAAUCAGUGAUAAUAUUGGAUUUUAAAGGAAACCCGCUAAAGUGAUUUUCGGAGGAUUCGAGCUGCAUGAAGUGAAUAAUAUAAAGGGGUGAUUUGGAAACGUCAGGACGGCGCACGCUACUAGCACGGCCGGCUACGCGGGAUCCUACAGCAGUUAUCCGGGGGCUCAGGCUCCUGAUACUGGCAAGCACAACCCUCAACAAGGAACAAUUGGAUACCGAGUUACUAACCCUAGCGGCUAUGGGAGCGCCGGCGGUUCGGGCGCGAUGAGCGGCGGGGGCGAGAACGCGCAGUUCGGCGCCACCGCCGCAAUGGUCGCCGCGGCCACAACGGCCGCGAUGCAGGACUCGCAGACUUUUUCUCAGAUGCAAAACAACAUGACUAUGGGUAAUCCCCAAUAUGGGGCGAUGAAUGGCUACGGACAGCGCAGUCAUAACCCCGCCAUGACAAGCAUGGGUAUGGGAGGAAACGGAGGAAUGAAUGGAAUGACCGGUAUUGGUCAAAUGGGUAAUGCUGGUAUGAACGGCAUGAACCCAAUGACGCAGAUGGCUAAUAUGGGCAUGCAUGCCAAUAUGAUGCCAUCCCAAAUGGGGCCCAGUCAAAUGACCCAAUCGGCGAAAAUGGCGCCAGGGUACCGGCAACGGCAUACGCCUUACCCAACCCAAAAUACAAUGAUGAUGGGGAGAAAAACGCAAUACAUGGGCGGUCAACCCGGCUUCGGUCCAGGACAAUAUCCUGCCACUUAUGGUGGUCGACCGGGUUUUCAAGGACAAUAUCCUCCUCAACAGCCUUUGGGGCCAUCAGGCAAUUUUGGUGGCACGAUGAGAGGGAACAUGAGACAAUCUACGCCUCCUUACUCAAACCAGGGGCAGUAUUUCAACGGUGGCGUUCCAGCGCAAUUUCCUCAACAUCCUGGUGGCAAUGGGCAAUAUGGGGGGCAGUAUAGCGGACAGUUUGCACAGGAAGUGGCUAUGCGUACUAAUAUGAGUUACCAACACAGUCCAGUGCCAGGCAACCCAACUCCUCCUUUGACGCCCGCAAGCAGCAUGCCACCGUACAUCAGCCCCAACGCCGAUGUAAAACCCCACUUUAACGAACUCAAGCCGCAGAUGGGCUUGCAAAAUGAUGAGCUCCGGUUAACAUUCCCCGUAAGAGAUGGCAUUAUAUUGCCACCAUUUAGAUUAGAACAUAAUUUAGCAGUUAGUAACCACGUAUUCCAACUAAAACAAACAGUCCAUUCAACAUUGCUGUGGCGGUCGGACCUGGAAUUACAGCUCAAAUGCUUCCACCAUGAAGACCGGCAAAUGAACACAAAUUGGCCUGCAAGCGUUCAAGUGUCUGUCAAUGCAACGCCGCUAGUCAUAGAUAGAGGCGAAAACAAAACAUCCCACAAACCAUUGUACCUGAAAGACGUUUGCCAGCCAGGCAGAAAUACAAUUCAGAUCACAGUAUCAGCUUGCUGUUGUUCACACCUGUUUGUUCUACAAUUAGUUCACCGACCGAGUGUCCGAAGCGUUCUCCACGGGUUACUAAGGAAGAGGCUAUUGACAGCAGACCAUUGUAUCGCUAAAAUCAAGAUGAACUUUAAUCAAGCACCGACUAACAACAGCGGGUCUAAUACCGCAAACGACCGGGACAGCGUCGAACAAACCGCCUUAAAAGUGUCAUUAAAAUGUCCCAUCACGUUCAAGAAGAUCACGCUACCUGCGCGAGGGCACGAAUGCAAACACAUACAGUGCUUCGAUUUAGAAUCAUAUUUGCAACUUAAUUGCGAGAGAGGAUCAUGGAGAUGUCCAGUUUGCAACAAACCAGCGCAGCUUGAAGGUCUGGAAGUAGACCAAUACAUGUGGGGGAUACUUAACACAUUAAACACUACUGAUGUCGAUGAAGUAACAAUCGACAGUGGUGCUAAUUGGAAAGCAGCUAAGAGUCCUACCAAUGGUGGUAUAAAGCAAGAGGAAGAUAGUAAUGACAACAGCUUAGGCAAGAGAAGCAAAGCGGUAUCACCUGGAUCCAUGAAUAUGCCAACAAUGAACAACUGGGAUAUGAAUCAAGCUUUAUCGCCAUACCUCCCUCCCGACAUGAACACAAUCGCCAGCGGCUCUAUGAUCUCGUCGUACAACCAAAGUAGCCAAAACAGAAAUGCUGGUUCGAAUAACCCGAACUAUGAUUUUGGUAUGAACAACGGGCCAGGCAGCAACGAAUUCGCCGGCAAUGGACCACUGUCCCAUCUAAAUGACAGUGUUAACUCACUAGAUCCCCUGAAUGCGAUGGAGAAAAGCCUCAAUGAACAGCUGCUGCCAGAAACUAGUGUCGAUCCGAUGGAGUUACUCUCGUACCUGGACGCGCCGGCGUUGGGUGAGCUACUUGCUACGCCGCCCUCGUCGUCAUCCUCAGCGGGUUCUCAUCCACCACGCGCGCCUUCCUCCGACGAUCUCCUAGCCCUCUUCGAAUGAACAACACCAAAGACAAUUCUAUACGUAACGAGAACACCAGCCGCCCUAAAAUGGUAAAUUGUCAAUUAAUACCAUCAACAAAGACUAAACAGAAGUCCUAAGAUUACCCAUUUCAACAGAAAGUAGUAAAAACAAACUCGUUACGCUAUAUGUCUUCAGUCCGUGUUCGUGAGGUGUUAGUUAAACUCGCUUUCAGGCCAGAGAUGCCCGACAUUGUGAUACUAGAUUUUAGUUCCUUCUCCCGUUUGCGAGCGCGUUGAACAUUGCAGAGAAAACUUUAUCAGAAUCUCGUCCACCCGUUCGCGAGUGCUGCCCAUCUGUAAACUGGAGUGUUUAACGCGACACGCGAUGCAUCUAUUGCUGAAGCAAUGAUGUAGGAGAACAUUUAUUAGGUAUUUAGGUAAAGUAUUCAGGCGAGGCGUGGGCCACGCCGGCCAUAGACACUGCGGUGUUGUGCAUGUAUAGUUCCUCGCACCGCCGCGUACGGUGGCGCUACUGAGCUCCUUAUAUUCUAAACUCUAGCAUAAACUGAGACACAAAUUUCGCUAAUGAUUGUUUCAAUUCCUUAUUC